CGGGGAAUUAAAUUAAAUUUUCUUUUAAAAUUAAACGACAAAGCUCGAAGCACAAAGACCUAGUUGUAACACUUGUUAAAUAGUAUCAACAAACACAAACUAAAAUGGCCGAUAAACCAAAACGCCCACUCUCCGCCUACAUGCUGUGGCUCAACAGUGCCCGCGAGUCGAUCAAACGGGAGAAUCCCGGCAUUAAAGUCACCGAGGUUGCUAAGCGCGGUGGUGAAUUAUGGAGGGCAAUGAAGGGCAAGUCGGAGUGGGAGGCCAAGGCUGCCAAGGCCAAGGACGAUUACGAUCGGGCUGUCAAGGAGUUCGAGGCCAACGGCGGCGGUGGCGGUGCUGCCAACGGUGGAGCCAAAAAGCGCGCGAAACCAGCGAAAAAACCAUCCAAGAAGAGCAAGAAGGAUGAGUCCGACGAGGACGAUGAUGAUGAGAGCGAGUAGACUGCUCACCCAACCUCUAUUAUCCAUCACCAAGUUACACACAACCAGCCAGAUCCCACAAUACAAAAACACUGGUGGCAACACCACAUUCAACAUCAACAUCCACAAUCCCCCUUAAUAGCACAGAAAGCCCAAUCUGUCAUCUCAUCAACAACAUCAACAAACAAGAUCUGUUGAGGUUGCAACUAAAAUUAUACACACGAAAGAACAAAAAUACGCGAAAAUAAGCAAAUCUGUAUUUAUACAUAUGAAUUUAAGUUUAUAGUAGUCGUUUCUUUUAUAAUACCCAUAAACAAAGAGGACAGCCAACAGGAAAGGAG